AUGGCGAAAACUUCCUCAGCUCCUAGAACUAAAAAGGCCGCUAGCCUUCCUGCUCAUCCAAAAUAUGAAGAUAUGAUUCGAGAUGCUAUUGUCGCCUUGAAAGAUCGUAAAGGAAGCAGUCGUCAAGCUAUUAAAAAAUAUAUUAUUAGCUCGUAUAAACUUCCCGAUAACUCUAUUACAAACAACCGCCUUCGUAUCGCUAUUAACAAGGGUGUCGAGAAAGGUUUAUUUGCCUUUUACAAUGGACCGAGUGGAACUAUUAAGCUUGUUAAAAAGGAACCAGAAACAAAACCUAAAGCUGAGAAGAAAAUCAAAAAAGCAGCCCCCAAGAAGACUGCCAAGAAAGCUGUAAAGAAAACGAAGAAGCCUACAACCAAAACAACCAAGCGAGCCAAACCUGGUGCUAAAAAAGGCGUCGCAAGAAAAUCCUCUACCAGAAAGAGAACUACAUCUUAA